GGUCAAGAUGAAAAGGGUAAGGCUAAGGUAAAUGAACAAGCUGCAGAACAGGUGGUGCCUUUUAUGCCACAGAACCCCAACAGAGAGAAGCCAGCAAGCAGUGCACAAAGGGUGAUACAUGUACCAUUCCCUCAGAGACUGGUAAAACAAAGGAAGGAACAUCAAUACAAGAAAUUCAAGGAGAUGCUGCGUCAAAUUCAGUUGAAUAUUCCUUUGAUGGAUGCCUUGAGGGAGAUGCCAGGACCUAUCUACAGUGACUCUGAUGCAGACCUGCAGCGCAGUAGUGACCAGACCAAUGGCUCAAAAGAUGUCCGACCCAAAGCUAGACCGACUUCAAUGUUGCUGCAGCUAGCUGACCGCACGAUAAAAAGGCCUACUGGGAUUCUUGAUGAUGUGUUGGUGCAAGUUGGGAAGUUCGUGUUCCCUACAGACUUUGUUAUUCUGUACUGUCAGGUAGAUGAGGAGAUACUUAUCAAUUUAGGUAGGCCAUUUUGGCCACUGGGAGAGCACUGA